GACCUCCACCUCCCUGUCGUCCCUAACAGGGCUGUCAUGCUGUCCCUUGAGGCUGUGUUCUUUACCCUGCUCUUGACAGCCAGUUCGCUGGGCCAAAGGGCUCAAAAGCCCUCUGGAUCUAUGUCCCCAAUCAGCACCAUCCAGGCCCAGGCCAAUUUCGAUGUUCAGCAGGUAAAAAUUUGGCUUCUUGUGGCUGUGGGCUCUGCAUGCCGCUUUCUUCAGGAGCAAGGAUACCGGGCUGAGGCCACCACAUUGCACACAGCUCCCCAGGGUGCAGCUAUAGCUGUCAGCACCUUCCGGAAACUAGAUGGGAUAUGUUGGCAGAUACGGCAACUCUUUGGAGUCACAGGGGUCCCUGGACGCUUCUUUCUCCAAGCCCCAGGGCUCCGUGGUCCAGUGCAUGUGGUUGUUGCUGAGACCGACUACCAGAGCUUUGCCGUUCUGUAUCUGGAGCAGGCAAGGAAGCUAUCUGUGAAACUCUAUGCCCGCUCACUGCCUGUGAGUGACUCUGCCCUGAAUGUGUUUGAACAGCGAGUGAGGGGAGCCAACCUGACAGAAGACCAGAUCUUUUUCUUUCCCAAGUUUCUGCAAGACUUCAGACCAGUUCCACAUCCUGAACGAGAUACAGAGAUAAGGCCAUCAGGUCGAGAAGCUGUGGACAGUGGACUGCCCUUAGAGAAUUCUGAGCACCCUGAACAAACUCUUGAAAUCUCUUCUAUCUGUCCCCAGAAUCACCCCUUCAUAUUCUGUUGUCCUGGAGCUUUUUUAGUAAACAGUAGUAGACUUGCCCUUGGUCUUUUCUGUCAACCUGGAUAUGAGUUCCACUAUGCUCAGGUGGGAAGGGAACUAGAUCCCCCUGACUCUGUGAGGACUCUGUCCUAGGGAGGUGGGGCUAGAAAGAGUUUCGAUGCAUAGAAACACUCAGUCCUGGCUCUCUCCCUGAGCCUUUUCCCCCUUUGCAAUGAAGGCUGACUCAGUGGUACCUUCCUCCCCAACUCCAACCCACUGUGCUGGCUUAGUGCCCAUGGGGGUGGGACUCCUGGUCCUGCCUAGGGUACCUUCCCUAAGAAGGGCACAGGCCUUCCAAUAAGCCCUCUAGGCCCCUCCUGACCCUUGACCCUGGAGGCUAAAGAGCUGUAUGCCAAGGGGCACUUGCUGGGGAGAUACCAGGAUAGGUUUGAGGGGGCAGUUGGAACACAUAGAAUAGAAAGCUGUACGCCAGGAGCAGGAACAGGCAGACUACUUCAUGAAACAGUUAGGGCUGAGCAUGGGGCUCUUGACAUAUACAACUUCUGAUACAGCUGCCCCCAGCCACCUCUAACCAGAGUCUAAUUAAGGUUAUCAGCUAUAGGAAACAGGAAGCAAGCUGUGCACAUCCCCGUAAGGGAAGAGUUGGGCCUUUUUCCCAGAUAGGAGCAGUAUUCUUUCUAGACCUAGGAUGGUUUGCUUGGCUUUGCACGUUAGGGCUGGAGUUCAGGAAACUGGGCACCAUCCCAGACCCGUCUGCUCCUGCCUCAUAUUCCAUUGCUGGUGGCCUCAUGACUUCACGUAUUUCUCAAGUGCCCCAAGCCCUGGGGACACAAAAUGGCCAAGUGUUUGCUCAUCCUGGGAGCCUAAAGUCUAGGCUCAGCUGUCUACUUGACAGGAAGGCAAAGAUGCUCUAACUUCUUGGCUUCCCAGUAUGCCAUAUCCUCCCCUCUAGCAGUCCCAGGACACCCCAAGUGAGCUAUAGCAGGACUGCUGUGUGAUUCCUGGAGCCUUGUCUGCUGGCAAAUUUUGGAGGAAUGAAAGCUGCAACAAUAAGGAAGGGUAGGCGGCUGCUCUUGAGGCCACAGCUGGCCCAGAGAAGGCUCUGGGUAGCUGUGCUUUGUGGGGGCAGGAAAAUAAACUGGAUCAAAAGUGAACCACCAGGGGCUGUGGAAGAAGGAAAUUCUGGAGACUAUCCUAGUCAUAAGAAUAGAGCUCACAGAAACACCUUGGUUUUGUGGAGCCAUCCUUGACCUCACUGCUCUAGCCCCAGGAAUACUUUUUCCUUUUUGUCUUGUGUUUCCUAGCAGAAAGUGGUGGUCUCACUCUGUUAGGUUGGGUUCACAUGGCCACAGCCUAGCCCUCUGGAUCUCUGCGUUGUUGCCUUGUGGGUCUGAAUGGGCUGAGCAUGGACCAUGCAGCCAUUAAUUAGCUUUUGCGCCAAUCUGAGAACAUGGAGCUCUAGUAUUGACAUACAUUUUAGUAUGUAUAAAUACAAAAAUUUAGUUUCAUGAAAGUUUUAAAAGCUCCAGUUACAUUAGAAAAUUUUAGGUAGAGCAAUACUGUGUGUGUGUGUGAGAGAGAGAGAGAGAGAGAGAGAGAGAGAGAGAUCUUGGUUGGGGGAUGCUUGCAGAGACCAGAGGGCAACUUGCAGGAGUUGGUUCUCCUUCCACUUUUAAAUUAUGCCUUCUUCAAAUAGCCAUUUGUUUGAGCUCUGUCUAUGAUGUUAGACUCCCUUGGUUCUAAAAGUCUCCCUACCCCCUAUCUGGGUGACCCUAGGUCUUGUAAGAAGCAUCACAUAACCCUCAGGGCAGAUUACAGGUUAGACUCUUUCCUGAUAAAGAAAUUGGUCCAACAAGCAUCUGGGAAUUCCUAGAAAUAUGUCACCCUGCUAAGGAUCUUAGUCUUCAGCAGGGACCUUCGAUUGUACUUGGAGAUUUUCCCCUCACCCCUAAGAUAUUUAGGUACUUAUAUUCUCCUUGUGAUAGAACCAUGCUUCUGCAUGGAAAAUGAGGCACUGUACUACACUAUGCAAAUCAAAUAUACUUGACCUCCUGACCCCAUUGAAUCAAACACAUUCGACUUCUAAAUCCCUCCUACUGACCAAAGAUUUAUAAAUCCCUGAUUUCAAAUAAAUGUGCUGAUGGCUGAGGUUU